AUGACAAUUGCUAUUUUAACUGUUAUUGUUCUACUCGUACGAUUUUCAUUUGAAGAAUUUAUUCAAAGACAUGAACGUUGGAGUAAUAAGUAUUUUAGUCGAUUUGUACGUUAUUUAAUAACAGGUAUAACUGUGUUAGUUGUUGCUGUACCUGAAGGUUUACCAUUAGCUGUAACAAUAUCAUUAGCUUAUGCUGUUAAAAAAAUGAUGAUAGAUAAUAAUUUAGUUCGUCAUUUGGAUGCAUGUGAAACAAUGGGUAAUGCAACAGCUAUUUGUUCAGAUAAAACUGGAACAUUAACAACAAAUCGUAUGACUGUUGUACAAGUUUAUGUUGGUGAAAAACAUUGGAAAAAUGUUGAAAAUCCAAUACGAGUUAAAGAAAUUUCUAUACCAGAUAAAACAAAAGAGAUUAUUCUUGAAGGUAUAUCUGUCAAUAGUAGUUAUGCAUCAAAAUUAUUUGCUCCACCAGAAAAAGAAACAUUACCAAGACAAGUUGGUAAUAAAACUGAAUGUGGUUUAUUAGGUUUUGUUGUUGGUCUUAAUGGUAAUUAUAAUGAUAUACGUACACGUUAUCCAGAAGAAAAAUUUGUACAUGUUUAUACAUUUAAUUCUGUAAGAAAAAAUAUGUCAACUGUUAUACAACGACCUGAUUCAACAAUACGUAUGUAUACAAAAGGUGCAUCAGAAAUUGUUUUAAAAAAAUGUAAAACAAUAUUAAAUCGUAAUGGAGAAAUUGUACCAUUUUCAACUGUUGAUUUUGAUCGUCUUGUACAAACAGUUAUUGAACCAAUGGCAUGUGAUGGUUUACGUACAAUAUGUGUUGCAUAUAGAGAUUUUUCACCAGAUAAAUUACCUGAUUGGGAUGAUGAAGCUAGUGUUGUUGAUCAAUUAACAUGUGUUUGUAUUUGUGGUAUUGAAGAUCCAGUACGACCUGAAGUACCUGAAGCUAUAGCUAAAUGUCGUAAUGCUGGUAUAACUGUACGAAUGGUUACAGGUGAUAAUGUUAAUACAGCUCGAUCAAUUGCACUCAAAUGUGGUAUUAUAUCACCAAAUGAUAGUUUUUUAGUACUUGAAGGAAAAGAAUUUAAUCGACGUAUAAGAUCAAAACCAGAAGGACCAGUUGAACAAAGUUUAUUUGAUAAAGUUUGGCCAUCAUUACGUGUAUUAGCACGUUCAUCACCACAAGAUAAAUAUGUACUUGUUAAAGGUAUAAUUGCAUCGAAAAGAAAUGCAACACGUGAAGUUGUUGCUGUUACGGGUGAUGGAACAAAUGAUGGACCUGCAUUGAAAAAAGCUGAUGUCGGUUUUGCUAUGGUUAGUUUUCGUUUUAUUUAA